ACUAAACACCGGGACUACUGCGACUGGGACUCCUCGACUGGGACUGGCACUGGCACUGGGACCUCUUUUGCCUGGGUACUUCUCUCUCCCUCCUGACUAGUGGUGCUAGUCUAUGCGCGUCUAUGCUAGUCCAUGGUCCAUAGUCCAUAGUCCAAAGUGGCUGUCCCUCGCUGCUCCAAGAGCUCUGCUUUGCUCUGCCCUGCCCUGCCACCCACUGCCAUUGCCACUCACUCCACUACUUGUACGAGUACUUACUUACCUUUCUCCUCUCAAAACAGAACCUCCCCUCAAUAUUGUUGUAUACCUAUACCUAUACCUAUACUUAUCCCUAUACCUCCCUCUACCUAUACCCGUCCAAAUAUCGUCGAUACCCAUUCCUUGCCUCCUCCUCCAAUUCCUCCCCACCCACAGUCUGCCCGCCAUCGCCUACGCCGAGGACCCUUUUCUCUCCAAAACCUCACUCCUCGUUCCAGCUCCUACGAACGUCCAUUGCCGUCCCACGGCUGUGCCAGAUCCACCAGCAGGCGUAGAAUUCCUUCGCGUUUCCGAAGUCCAUCUCGAUGACAUAAGAUCCUAUCGUCCCUUUGAAGCAAUUUCUUUCCUUUCUUGUCUUAUUGUAUAUGGAAUUGGGGUCAACGUCAGGAUAUCUAUGUUUCGCCUGCAAAUCUCCGUCCUAGCUGCCCCUCUGCAUACAAUUGCCACCAAGACACCCCCAAUUCUCGAGGUCACCGCCGGUCCUUUCAGCUAGUGGCAACCCAACUCAAGCUCCAAGCGUAACCGCGAUCAUGGACAUACCUCAAAGCGGAGCAAGGCCGUUAGCUCUGCCCGAAAUUUAUGUACAUCAGUCGGCUUCUGAACCAUAUCGAAAUUCAAGCAGAUUAAGCCCAUACAUCUCAUCAUCCUCAACCACCUCUGCUGUUCCAAUGUCAAUACCCAAUUCGAGAGAAUAUGUUCCUCCACCACUUCCACCACCGAAAGAGCUUCCCGACAUAAAAUCGAAUGGAAAAAAUGGCCCCGAUAUUGCGUGGAGGUUUGGAAAUAAGCAAAGCGAUAUAGGAAGCUUUGGUUCAUCUGUUGCUCCAGGAUCCAGUCUUCACGGAAGUAGCUUUAACAGGAAGGAGAGUAUGAUGGAUGAACGACCUGAUUACACUCGUCGUACCAGUUCGUCCUCGACAAUAAAAACAAGGGGAGAACAUGAUCAUGGCUAUCCUCGGGACGAAGGCUACUCGAGCCUCUCAACCGCCAGUAACGAAUCAUAUAGGUCAGUUCUUCUCUCUCCGCUCUUGUCAAUCAUAUCAGAGCCAGCGAACCAUCCUUUUUCCAUUUAGUGAAUCAAAGCACAGAUUGAAAGCUUCUACUUCUCCCACUUUCUCUUCAUCGUCAUGGCUAACCGCAUCAUUCAGAUCUACAUACCAAGACCCUCUAUCAGCAAGGUCCUUCUCAAGUUCCGUUCACGAUACGUUCCAAACGAAUGCUCAGGCUUACGACAAAUCACUGCUACUGAAGUUGGAUUCCCGAAGAUCUGGGGACAAUAAGACGCCCCCUCGAGGCUUUUCCAAAUCUCCACAUUUCAGCUUUUCUGCUAAUGAUGCCUCUCCAACAUCCAGAGGGAGCCUCGAUCAUAGGCAUCAGCUUAAGCCACUUUCCCUUCCUAUACUCAGUGGCCGGCCAGGCAUGGGCUUCACAGAAAGCCCUAUAUCACUUUCGAGAUAUGGAGACAGAGAUGCCCCAUUAUCGUCAGCGAUAUCUCCUGGAAACCCCUUCCCACGAUUUGGUUUACAAACCCAAUUUGAUUACAGACCAUCUAGUGAAGCAGAAUCAGAUAGGUCACCGCUUCCAUAUAUAAGAGGUUCGGGUAGUAGUUCAGCACUAAGUUUAGGUGAUGAUACAUCUAGUAUCACUAGCCGUUCAAGAGACGGUAUUGAUCAUAGGGUAUCCCCUGAUCAUGAUGUAGACUUUCCCAUGGAAGAAACGAGAUCAGGCAUUCGACAGCUUUACAUUGAUGAUCCUUCAGGUCGGUCAGAUCCGUACUCGCCUGGCGCGAGUACUGGACAGAAGCGGCGUGCUUCUUCUCCGCCCAUAGAUGAGGGAGGGCAUUCUCUUCAGACAGUUGGAAGUGCCAGCGAUCUUUUCCGACGACGAGAAUCAGCAUCACGGAACUCGCCUACCCCACGUCUACAUUCGACGUCCGGUUCUGUCUCUUCGACGGCAUCGGGCCAAAGAACAGGUUCAUAUGCCUCGUCGACGUUGUCUACAUUGUCAAUUGCCCCGAGUAGCAUGUCUAGUAUGGGCUCUUAUGGCCGUCUCUCUCCCGGUGGAAUCUCUCCAGGAGGAUCAGAUUUUAUCGAUCUCCCAUAUGGACCACCAAUUCUGUUGAAUCCUAGUCCACAUGGACCAGGUUCGAGACCAAAUCACCAACGGACUUUGUCUUCUGAGACCCGACCUCUUAUGUCAUCUCGAAAACUUUCCGAUGGUAUGGGCAAAUCACAUGGUACGCCGAAAAUUCAAGGCAUCUAUAUGUGCGAGUGUUGUCCCAAGAAGCCCAAAAAGUUUGAUUGCCAAGAAGACCUUGAGUAAGUAAUUUGGAAGUAAUGUUCGGCAAUCACUAAUCCUGUUUUUAGAGCACAUGAACAGGAAAAGCAAUACCAAUGUGCAUACUGCAACAAUCGUUUCAAGAACAAAAAUGAAGCUGAGCGACAUCAGAACUCGCUCCAUCUUCGCCGCCAUUCAUGGUCUUGCGCCGCGCUUUCUGGUUAUUCCGCAGCAUUCCACGAAUCCUCUAAUCGACCCAAUGAAGCAGAUUCGUGUGGGUACUGUGGCGAGGAUUUUCCUCGUUCCGGAAUUUCCUCUCCGUCUGCCUCUAGACCGCAAAUGCAUGUCGCAACAGACAGAGACUGGGAUGUUCGCAUUCAACAUUUACAAGAAAUGCACAAAUUUGGUGAGUGUAAUCACGCAAAGAAGUUUUUCAGAGCCGAUCAUUUUCGACAACAUUUGAAGCAUAGUCACGCUGGUACAAGUGGGAAAUGGACAAAUAUGCUCGAAAACUCAUGCAUGAAGGACGAGCCACUGCCAGAACCGAUCAGAGGACCUGAAAGGGUUAGUCCUGGAGGUGGAAGAGUGGCUAGAAUUAACGAAGAGGAGGAGAGUCUCUGAGUCACGCUAUGGGCAUAGUUUAAGCGCUGUUGAAUUACAUUAUCCAUGGGCAUAUCGGCAGAAAGUCACGACAAGAAAACGGAAAGCAAAAAAAUCUAACGGCCGUACACGAGAUACCCGGAUCGCUGUUCAUUUUUUUAUAUAUAUCAUCGGCAUUGCUUGCGUGUUUACGUUGUCCUCUCCUACCACAUUUCAUCUUAAAUACUUUCACAGGGUGAAAAAGCAUGGUGGCAUAACAGUUUCUUGAUUGCAUGGCGCUUGGUGUUGUUUUAACAUGGGUUUCAUCUUCAUAUAUAUAUAUACAUAUAUUCUGGCUAAUCAAAGACGAUUGGUCAGAUUAUUUUUUUGCAUGGGUUUUGGCGCUCGCUCUGCACACACACACACAUCACCCGAGGGGUGGCUAAUUUUGACAUUUAUCUUUUUGCCAAUUAAUGCCAAUAUGUUUUGAGCGUGGGUUAUCUGGAAGGGAUCUUAAUGGACUUUUUCCCCUUUCAAUUUUUUUAAUAAGUGGAUGAAGGAAUCUUUUUGGUUACAUUUAUCAUCUUGCGAGACAAGAUAGCUUUUUGUUUAGGGAUGGCGGGGAUAGGGUGGAAAGCCUUUGAAAAAAUCUUAUCUAUAUUUCCGGGGGGGG